AUGUACCCGAAGCUUUGCAAUCACCGGUUUACGAAACGUGACAUUGUGCGGAUUACCAGUAGCAUUUUCGAUCCACUUGGAAUAGUUUCGCCCGUACAUAAACGCGCCAAGACAUUUAUACAGAAACUGUGGUCACGUGACAUCGGCUGGGACCAGCCCAUACCCAAUGACCUUGUUGAGACAUGGAGUGAGUUAAGCCAUGAACUCAACGCCGCAACCAAGACUUGGAUACGUCGGAAGUACUUCGAUUCUGUUGAUAAGUCAAAGGACUCAUUCGAACUUCACGUAUUUGGCGACGCCAACCCCGAAUCGUAUGGCGCUGGUGUUUAUCUAAAACGUGGACGUGAUUGCAAACUUGUGAUGUCAAGGGCUAGAGUCGCACCCGUCAAACCGAUCACGCUGCCCCGUCUUGAGCUCAUGGCAGCACUGAUUGGAUCACGCUUGUUGCGAUACGUCUAUCUGAGUUUGAAACAGGACUUCAAAAUCUCACGUAGUACGUUAUGGUCGGAUAGUCAAAUCGUAAUCCAUUGGAUUAAAAGUGAUAAAGAUCUGCCAAUUUUUGUCAAAAACCGUGUCAACGAGAUUAGGAAGAAUGAAGUCAUAGAUAGCAUAAGGUAUUGUCCGACAGCAGGCAAUCCGGCAGACAUGCUAACACGUGGGAUAACAGUCGCUGAAUUUGAAAACUCGAGCUUGUGGUGGGCUGGCCCCCACUGGCUUUCAUCAGGAGAGUAUCCGGAAAGCAUUGUCGUGGAUGAUAACACCGUUCAUGAGGAUUCUAGUGUCACUAACACCAGUGACAUCAACUCAGUGACGUCAACCCUUGUUAAUGCUGCCAAUACGACCAGUGAAGUCAACUCAACUCACGUGAUUGACAUCAAUCGUUACUCAUCGUACACCAGGAUGAUACGCAUUACUGCACUCGUACUUCGCUUCAUCUGGAAUAUACGCAAACGUAACACUGAAACAGAAAACUCACGGAAAUCGCGUUACGCAGAUAAAACUGUUCUUAGAUGA